AUAAGACAGAUUAUCCGAAAUUCAUUUUUUCAGUGGAAUAAAAAUAAAUAAUACCUCUUUUGCAGAUACCUUACAAUUUGGAAAAACGACGUGGCUUAAUCGCGAAACCUUUCGCGGGGGAUUCACAGUGUAAAACAGAUGACGGUACCUUUGUGGCCAUACCUAAGCGUUAUCGUAAAAUCGAGUUGAAAUAUUCACGACUCGGUUACGAUGAUUUUGAUUUCGAUCAAUACAAUCGAACCAGCUUUUGCGGCCUGGAGGCCACUCUUCCCAAUAGUUAUUGCAAUGCUAUGCUGCAGUUGCUAUACUACUGCGAACCUGUAAGAAUAGCAUUGCUCUCACACUCGUGCCAACGAGAAUUCUGUAUUUCCUGCGAAUUGGGGUUCUUGUUUCACAUGCUGGAUAUAUCACGAGGUUUACCCUGUCAAGCUGCGAAUUUUCUAAGGGCUUUUAGGACGGUCCCGGAAGCGGCAGCUCUAGGACUCAUACUGAGUGAUUUGCAUCCGGAAGCCAAGAAAAAGAUCAGUCUAAUUAGACUUAUACAAGUAUGACAAUUAAAAAAUUUGAUGUAAAAAAAGCAC